UUGAGCCAGUGAAAAGAAAGGCCUUAGGACUGCAGCAUAAUACCGCCGUUCAGCAUGAAGUUGGGGGAAACUAAUUCAGAGGCCUUAGCUGCACCCAUCAGUAGCACCACCAUGAUACCCGUCGGGCCAGGAGACAACUCAACAGAGUCGGGAGGACACGCUGCAGGCAAAAACGAUGUCUUUGAGAAACUGAAAGACAAAUUUAUGAAUGAACUGAACAAAAUUCCACUUCCGCCAUGGGCCUUGAUAGCCAUAGCUGUCGUUGGUGGUCUGCUCAUCCUCACGUGCUGCCUCUGCAUCUGCAAGAAGUGCUGCUGUAAAAAGAAGAAGAACAAGAAGGAAAAGGGCAAGGGUAUGAAGAACGCCAUCAACAUGAAAGAUGUGAAAAACUCAGGUGGAAAUCAGGGCAAACAGGACGACGACGACGCGGAAACUGGUUUGACUGAAGGCGAAGACAAGGAAGAGGAACCAGUAGAGGAAGAAAAACUGGGGAAAUUGCAGUUUUCCUUGGAUUAUGACUUUCAGGGCAAUCAGCUGACAGUAGGAGUUCUUCAGGCAGCUGAACUACCGGCACUGGAUCCUUGUGGCACAUCCGAUCCUUACGUCAAAGUCUUCCUGCUCCCUGACAAGAAGAAGAAAUACGAGACAAAGGCAAAAAAGACCCUGAAUCCUAACUUCAAUGAAUCGUUCACUUUCAAGGUUCCAUAUCAGGAGCUGGGAGGAAAGACCCUCGUGAUGGCCGUGUAUGACUUUGAUCGGUUCUCCAAACAUGACUGCAUUGGUCUGGUCCUCGUCCCCAUGACCAAAGUGGACCUUGGGCAGCAACUUGAGGAAUGGCGAGAUCUGGAGAGUGCUGAGAAAGAGGAGCCAGAGAAACUGGGAGACAUCUGCUGUUCCCUGCGCUACGUCCCCACUGCAGGCAAACUCACGGUCUGCAUUCUGGAGGCAAAGAACCUGAAGAAAAUGGAUGUGGGUGGCCUCUCAGAUCCUUAUGUCAAGAUCCAUCUGCUGACAAACGGGAAGAGACUGAAGAAGAAGAAAACCACAGUGAAGAAAAAUACGCUGAACCCUUACUACAAUGAGUCCUUCAGCUUCGAAAUUCCAUUCGAACAAAUACAGAAAGUGCAGGUUUGCGUCACAGUCUUGGACUACGACAAGAUCGGGAAGAACGAUGCCAUCGGCAAGAUAUUUGUGGGCAGCAAUGCUUCGGGCACAGAGCUCCGGCACUGGUCAGACAUGCUGGCAAACCCAAGAAGGCCAAUCGCACAGUGGCACUCUCUAAAACCAGAGGAGGAGGUCGACGCUGCUCUGGGUCAUAAGAAAUGAAACCAUUCCCUCACUUCCACAAACUCGUCAUUGAUCAGAUGCUAUCGAUACCUCAGUUAUGCGCCAUUCUCCAUUAACCCUUUGAGGGCUACUGUAGCAUUUUGCACCGGGGCAAAAAUAUAUGCAAGUUUCACGUGGCUUCUUCUGUUUAUUUCUCUCUCUCUCUCUCUUUCUCUCUGUCUCUCUCGUGAUUUUCAUUUCGGUCGCGGCAGUUGCAGGAUUUGCAUCUUGUACUUUUUUUGCGCUUCAACCAUUGUGAUUUUUCUGGGACCUCAUUUGUCAUUGAUUGAUGAGAUGGCGAUUUGUGUUUUGGGUAAAGGUGCAAGAAAAUCCAGUACUCAAAGGGUUAAACCAUGGUUAAUUUUUUUGGUACACACUAACCUCCAUAGUUCUGAACAAAUAAAUAAGCCAUCUGAAACCUCCAAGUUGUAUUCCAGAUUUCCCCAAGGUUCACUCUACUCUUUUUCCAGUUUCAGCAGCUCUAUAUGAAACUCUUGUGGAUAAUGCAUGAUGAUAAUCUAUUGUAAAUAGCAGCAUGUUUCGAUUCAACCUCUUGUGUACGUGUGAGUUGUCUACAUUUUACGGACAUGCAUCCGCUGUAUAUUUUUACGAUGCUGUAUUUUACACAAUGUGAAUGGACUGAGGGGGAAAAGCAAUCCCACACAGGAGUGAAAGCCAGUCGCCCUGAUUUACACACCAAGCCUGGAGACGCAACAACCUGGGGCCACAGUCAGGCACUAGAUCAUAAACUUGCGAAAACCCACCAACUCAGGCUGUUUUAAUGUGCAUCGAUUCAAGGGUCGUUGCAGACGAGGCUUUUUUUUGUAAGGUUAAGUCUGUUCGCCAGGAUCUCGUUUUGGCUUAGAAUCAAACUCUGCCUUUAGCUCAUAACCUCACGGGGGGGGGGGGGUUCUACAGGGGGACCCUAAGGCACUUGCAGAUGUGAGGGUGUUUGGAUGCAUGGCCUUGCAUUAAGCUGCCAGAAAAUGGUAAUGGUGUGAUCUUUGACCUUGAGAAACUGGGAAGGGCAUUAAAUGGCCUUGUAAUCAUGGCCUGCUUUGGUUUGGCUUCUCACAGGAGAUCUCUCUCUCUCUCUCUCUCCCUAACUACCACACAAGCUGGGCUGCCGCAGGUCGUACCCACAAGAGAUUCGCAUUAAACAUUCCUGUAUAGAAUUGUAGAAUUUGGAAAUAUAUUGUAGGCGAAAUGCACCAAUAGUUACCAGGAGUGAAAAUAUAGUUACUUGAGGGACAUAACUGACAUGUACAGAUUUAGCCAGGGUGCAGACACCUAUUAAUAUGUAAGAGUAUUAUACAUAAUACAUCACAUUGGAGAUGGAAAAUACAAUUCAGGAUGUCACAAAGGUACAAUUCAGCCCCAAUAAGUGAUGUUGCUGUUCGCUGGGGUUGUCUCUGCUAAGUGCUGUAUGUGCUGCUAACGACAGGAGAGACACUCAGUUCAACGUGAUAAUAUUUGAGAAGAAUAAAAUGCAUUGAUGUCUUUAGUCUGAAAAAUGACUCCGGAGCUGUUAUCAUGCAUUGCACUUUUGAUAGUCAAAAUUGAUGCUCUGUUUGUACAGUAACAAAUCUUACUAAUGAAACUGCCUAGGACUGAAUUUCAUGAUGGAUUAUUAUAAUAUUACCGUACGUUUUAAGGAAAGAUGUGAUCAUUAAAGUUUUGCUGUACAGAGAGACAUUAAUAUUAAUGGCUAAGCAGUUUUUUGCAAUUAGUCAUGCUGGCUGGUGGCUUGAUAUGAACCUGAUCUUCAGUGAGGCGCACAUCUAUUUCAGACCAACAAAGCCCUGCGCAGAGUCCCUCUCAAUGUGACAUUGGCUUAUGAGUGGCACUUACAGGAACUGACAACACGUACCAUUCGAAAUUUCCUCCAUUGCAAUUUUGCAGUGGAAAUGUACUCUACGGGUGAUAGUAGUUGGGUCUAAGGGACCUUACAGCAUCAUAAUACACUGAAAGUCUUGGGAACAAAUUAAAGCAGCCGAAAGCACGAGUAUCUGAGAAUAAAAAGAAAAAGCUUGUAGGGGAAGUUUUGGGCAGCCUUUCCUACACUGGGUGCAACACAGAGUUACCGACACGGCCUCAGUGGGCAUUAGCAGGGCAAAUGCUGGGCCGAACGGCGCAAAGGCGGGUAAAUUAGAGUAUGAGGUAUAGAUCAGCCAUGUUCUAAUAGAUGACGAAACAGGCUUGAGGGGCUGAAUAGCCCACUGCUGUUCCUAUGUUGCUAGGAGUUGUGUUCCUACAGCUGAAAAUGGUGAGAAGAGGUCAUUUCGACAGGCCCAACGGGAAUGAAAUAGCUGUAGAGCUAAGCCAACCUCUCUUAAGAUUCAUGCUGAGCUUAAGCAGUUCUGUUCUGAGGAAGUGGGAAAUUAAUUUUCUUUGCCUUUGUGCCGGCGUCUGGAAUGGUUCUGUGGACAACAUUGAUCGACACUGGAAACACAAUUGUUUGUCAGUUCCUGUGAAAUUAUAUUCCAAACAAUUGGGAUACAAUUUCAUGGAAAAUAAGUCAUUUCAUUUGGAGAGAAUUUCCCUGUAACUGCGCAUUUGGCAACAGGAUUAUCUCAUCUCCUGUUGGUAAUUAUGAGCUAAAAUAAUGAGACAGUAAGUGCUAAAGAGCCUUGUAAUUAUCAUUACAGGACAUAUAUCUGUCAACUUCAUUGAAAAAUGGAAUUUAAUAGUGCUGGUUUGUGGCAGCCUUCAUUUGAAUCUGUAUUUCGGGGGGAGGGGAGAGAAGAAGGUUGUAAUUUCAACAUCUUGCGGUGUUGAGGGUGUCAAAGCUGGAGGUCAAGGUUGGCAAUUUAUUAUCAUUUCCAAAAUUAUCAGGUUUCGAGCCCGAUGUGAUUUGGGUUGGUAAAACUGAACAAAGGGAAAGGGAACGGUGGUUACUGGGAACCUUAGAUACAGCCACACAGCGUUCUGUAAUGCUUACCCGCAAACAGCUUACUUGCACAGACAUAUUAAAUGCCAUUAAAAUAUCUUAGCCUCGCGACGAGUUUUAUUCAGUUGCUUCAAUUCGACAGACCACUUUAUCGACAGUACUUCUUAAAUCUCGGGAGAAGCUUUGGCUCAGGAGAACAGCUUCACAAUGUUCCUUCUAUGGAAAAGGGAAGGAUACAAGAAAAUAUUUUGAUUCAUUUUUUAUAUUAUCUUCAACCCAAAGCCCACAAACUAUGGCAGAAAUUACUAGUUAGGGUAGUUGCUCAUUGUACCAGAUAGGGUAGAACGUGUGGAGUUAAUUCACUUGAGAGAGACCAGAUCAGAAGACUCAGCCCUUUACUCUUUGUAAAGCAUUAAUGGUUGGCAUUGACCAAGCUGGAUAAGUUGAGUGAAAUGUAUCAUGUACGGUGGCUUCUCAUGCUUCGGUGGCCUCCGUGUGUGUGUUAAAAGGUUGAAUGUGCAGCAGAGGAGGGUACGGGUGGAUACUUUGCACUAAAGAUGUCCAGAUCAAUCCAGAGCAGAAUGUAGUAACUUGGAGGAGAAGCAAUCUAGGAGAGGAUAUAGAUUAGUGACUGCGCAUUCCAACCUGCCUGAGUUUUCACUCAAUUCAGCGGCUAAAAAAAAAAUCAAUACGCCACCACUGACUGGCAAAUAAAAUACAAGUGUUGGUUCCAAAUUCAAUUCUAUUAACAAGUGUAUCUGUCGAAAAACUAGUCACCUUUUUAUUCCAUUCAGUGUGCCUUGCUGGACAAAGUGGCUCUCUGGUAAAUAUACUGAUAUACCUAUAAGGCACUAGACUGUAACCUUCAGUAGAAAUUUAUCAAUUGCACUUAAACUACACAUUGAAAUACAGUGCAUCAAGUUCACCUCUCUGCAGAUUCAUGGAUAAGAACAUUGUUCAGCAUAUAGGAAAAAUCCAGCUCUAACUAAUGGAAUGAAUAUCAGUGGGUUCAGAGUGUUGGCAGAUGUUUAACGAGCAAAACACAGACUGGGGGAUAAAAAAAACUUUAAAAUGUCACAACGAUAUUUUGUAUUUAAGAUUACCGACAGUAUGUGUUCCAGUUACCCGUGUAAUCCUUUCUGUCAGCAUACACUACAUUAACAAUAAGACACAUCCUCUAUAAUAACUAUUAGAUUAAGAGUAAAAAAAACACUGAGAUCCACAUACAGGUCCUAAAAUCUCACAAGAUUCACUGUCUCAGGUCUUUCGCCCAUAUAAGGUAAAACGACCUUGUUCUUGUUAAACUUCAAAAACUUUUAUAUAUGUAAAAAAGACAUUCCGCGAGUAUUUUAAAAAAAAUCACUGUCUGCUUAAAUGUGUAUUGCGGUAAGAAAAAUAGAGAGAAGGUAUUAUUGUAGAUAAUGUUUUAAAAAAUAUUUAUGUUUGUAAAGUGUCAAUUAUCAUUUGUAAAAGUGUUACAAGUUCCGCAAUAUUUGGAUUUUGAGAGAGGAUUUUUGGCGAAGUCUGCAGUUUCGAACUUUUGACUGUAGCAGAGAAAAAUGGUCUCUUUCUCUCGACUUGGUGUCCCUCCUGUCAUUUUCCCUUAUUUGGGUCAUUCGCACAGAUGUGACUGAAAAUAGCCUUUCUCUCCUGGGAACCUACCAAGGACUGUGAGACCUUCUGUAGGAAAACAGACUGCAGUUAUUUUCCACAUGUAAAUAAGCGUUGGCAACAUGCAAAAUAAAAAUAUUACACAAGGUCUUUUGGAUGUCAACCAACAAAAUGUAUCCAGAAAUCAGAAAGGACACAGCCUGUUUAUGCCUUGUAUCCUGGCUGUUCUCUACCCUCUCCCAGCUGGUACAGAGGAUGCAUUAUGGAUGGGCGCUCGCUCUAGGUGGCAGUGAGCAAUUUCAACACAACAAAUUUAUUCCUAGUGUGUGCCAUCCUUUUCCGCUCUUCCUCCCCCCGCCCCCUCCCCUCCGGGGCUCAAAAUGGCUUUCAGCUCCUUGUUUAAGCACUCUGGGACGCUACCCUGUGUGAGGGGCGCUAUAUACAUGCCAGUUGUUGUUUAGAACCCUCUGCAAGAUUCAAGAAAUCGUAGCAAAAGUAAAAGGAUGGUUUAAGUCAGUCUGACACUUAAAUCACUUUGUUAAAAUCGGACGUACCUUGUUACUCACUGCGUGGGGAGACUCUGUGGUGAAAUGAAGAGCAAAACUCAGAUUUGACUCAAAGGAAAUGGGUCGACUAAUUUCCUCUUCUCUUCCCACCUCCGCCACCCCCUUUCCCCGACAAAUUCCCCAUCUGACCACCACAUUGGGUUUCUGCUUUGCAAACUGCACUCUGCAAUAGGUAUCAAUCAUACAACAGGGCAGCAAAUUCAUAGGUAUAUUCUCAGUUGCUACAGCAAUUCAGAACCACUUGUCUUCUGUGUACAACUAUAUACGUCACGCUGCCUGUCUGUGCAAUAUACAGUAUAUGUGAGCCAUUGUGUCAUAAACAAACAUGUACUAACUUUUUUACCACCUGCUUGUUUGUCUGGAGAAUGUUGCUGUAUACUGUCCUUCGUUUUGAUGAAAUUUUUGUACCUUUUGUUUCUACUUUGUGUGAAAAAGUUUGUUGUGUAGUUUAAAAUGACAUAAGGGAAUGCAAAGCAGAGUCCAUUAAAAAACAUCUUGUAUCUCACUGUC